AUGACUGGGCAUGCGGCAAACGCUACCAAUGGGGGCGCGACCUCCCUCCUCACGUUUCUGGGAAAGUCUCCGACGACUGCCCCGAGCAAGAAGAACGGGAAGCAAGAGAUUCCCGCUUCCCACGCAUUCAUGAACACGCCGAGCCUCAAGAAAGCAGACGAAAAGAGCAAGAAGAGGAAGGCAGAGACUUCGGGAGGGAAAGGGAAGAAGACCAGCAAAGUAGUGAAAGCGAGUGAGAGGACUCCGUUUGAUAUGACUCCAGUAAGAGCUAACGCUGCAAGAGACGAGAAAACUCCAGACACAGAGGAGAAAUAUCCACGGAAUGUUGACAAGAGCUGCAAAGAACCUGGUUCCGAUCUCGACCAUACUUCUACGAAGCUUCUAGAGGAUGAUGCACAAACCAAGAAGUUGAAUCCGUGUGAUGAUCAGCAAGAGCGUACUCUGAUCAUACUGGACUCCCCAGAACGUCAAAGUCUCCCCCGGAGUGCGGAGGGAUCGUCGGAAGGAGAGGGAGAGAAGGGAGACGAGCCAGACUCUGACCCUUCUUGUCGAAGAUCUCAGCGGAUCAAGGCGAUCGCCUCUACUGGACCAUCGCAGAAGAAGGAAGCUGCAAAGAGAUUCUUCAUGAGCAAAGAGGAGAAGGCUCGACUUGCCGAAGAAGAAAAGAGAAUCAGGGAAGAUGAGGAGAGGGAGAGAGAGGAGGAGCGGAAGAGGAUGCGGGUGGAACGAGCGAUUCUAGCCAGAGAGAAGCUGCGAGAAGAGAUGGAACGAACUCGUCAGGAGACGCAGAAACUGAAUCAAGGCAAACAGAUCAACCCAUUUCUGCUCCCGCGAUCUCUUCGACCAUCCAAUGCAAAGACAGAAUCAGAGUCUGAGGGAGAUCAAGUUGGUCUAUUCAGGCCUUCAUCGUUCAAUGGAUUGGCAGCCAUUCAAGAUUCCAACCCAGAAAAAUUUCCAUUUCCGAUUGUUUCUCACAUUUUGCCCUUUCAUGCCCCCACAAUCGAAAGAAAAGUCCCUUCCUCAGACCUGUGGGAGCUACGAGAGCGUUUGAUGGAGACGGAGUCGGACGCCCCUACCGUAUCCCUGGAUCAAGGAACACUUAUGAGGCAGGAUGUUUACCAUCCCCUUUUCCCGUGUACCGAAUCGGAUCCGUCGAGGCAAGAGGACAUGGUUCAGACGCUAUCGGCGCUGACCAACACAGCCGUGUUGGAGGUCACCGAGCGGAUUUCAUCGUUGGAGUCGAAACGUGACUCAUUCCAGGCAAACAACUCUGUCUGCAAGCUUUGGACUGAAGCAGUUAGACCACAGCGGUCUGGGGAGGUGGUGGGAAACUCGGCGGCCGUUCAGGACCUUCUGUCGUGGCUGCAGAGAAGCAGAGAUGGAGAGAACAAGUUGUCACAGAGCAAGCAGAAGGGCAAAACGUCAAAGUCCUCUUGGUGCUCAGAGUCCGACUCGGAUGACGCCACACCGGAUAGCAAUGCAUUCUCAAAUGCCCUUGUCCUCGUUGGACCGUCGGGCAGUGGAAAGACGGCUUCCCUCUACGCCUGCUGCGAGGAGCUUCGGUUGAGAGUGAUUGAGAUCAAUCCUUCGGACCAAAGGACUGGGAAGAACAUCUUGCAGAUGGUGGGAGAAGCUACUAGAUCUUACCUUGUCCGCCGUGGUGCUUCGGCCAUUGAUGCCAAGUCUUCGCAAGAGUCGGCGGUGCAGCGAUCGAGCCCUGAAGUGAUUGAUCUGUCGGCUGGUCCAGCCACUCCUCCGAAAGAGACAAUGCUAGCUGGGAAGGAGCUUGUUGGGGAGACUGUCAAGUGGAGGAGGGACGGCGAGAGCGUCAGGGGAAAGAUUGUGAAAUACAACGGUCGAAAGCGCAAGUACGAAGUGUACUUGGACGAUGGGGAUGUUGUAUAUUUGUGUAUAGAUGAAUUCAAGUUGUGCGGCGAAGGAGACAUGGAGGAUUCAGAAGCAGACUCGAGCCAGGAAGAAGGGACCACAGAGGCUUCCCUAGUCUUGUUCGAGGAGGUGGACGUUUUGAUGGAGGAGGACAAGGGAUUCAUGGCCGCCCUGACCUCCCUGAUCGAGCAGACUCAGGUUCCAGUCGUCCUGACUUGCAGCUUUGUGCCGCCCGCAAUCAAGAACUUGGGGCUGAAGGAAACGAGGUUCGAGAAGCCGUCGGAGCAGGAGAUCAUGUUGGCUUGUGGGCCGCUGUGCCUGACGUACAGGAAGGGUCCUGGUCAAGUGCACGUCAUGAAGCGGCUGCAGCAGGUUGUUCGAAGUUGUCGUGGAGACCUCCGGGCAUCAUUGAUGGCCGCCAACCUUGAAUUUGCCUAUGAGCACGACCCUUCAAACCGAUCCUGUCUUACUCCUGUCUCUCUCCUGCACGAGAUCGACGUGGGGAUCCAUCAGCAUCGAUACGAGUUUCCAGUUUCCGAAGAAGUCUUCCACGAAUACCUUGAGGAGGUGGAUGCUGCAGUUGAGUAUCUCGUUGCGCUGAUUGUUUUUCCCAGCUCCUGGGUCAAGAGACGGCCGCACGAGGUCAGCUGUGAACUGCCAGAGAAGAAGAGCAGGGGACAUGAUUGCCAGCUGCUUGAUUCCCUGGUGGAUCUGACUGACACCAUAUCGAUGAACGACGUGCUUUCUGAGGAUUUUGACUGCGCAAAGCUCAACGUCACAAGCUCUCUGGCUCUACAUGGUUUGUUUCGAGAAGCUCAGCAGACGAGAGAGCGAGCUAUCCCAUCUCUCUCCCCAGCUAUGGAGGACUACUAUCGUUCGCUCAAGGCUUGCAGCUACUUCUCUAUGAUGGACGACAAUGGCAAGGACGUUAAGACGCGUCAGCAAUUCAAGUCCGCCAUCAACAUCAUUCAUCCUACGAAUGUCUCCCUUGUGCGGAAGGCAGCAGUUGCUUGCGACUAUCUGCCGUUCCUCCGAUCGAUCUGCAUGUCCGAGGCGGAUCGGAGAGCUGCGCUAGGUGGGGAGGAGGAGGUGCGAGGGCGAGCUGGGACUAGAGCGCAAAGAGCCGCUUCGUUCCAGCACCACUUCCCGCAAAGUCUGUUGGGCGAUACUUCGGCUCUGGAGGUGGUGGGGUACGGGGAGUCUUCAAGUAUUUAUGGCAUGUGA